CUGUUUGUUUUGGAGUUGCAUCAAGAAGGGGCAGGAUGGGACGCUCUGUGUACUGAGGAUGUCAGGCACAGCCCCUGACCUUCCUUCCAGCCAAACGGCUCUGAUAAGUAGGCUGGCCUUGAGCCUGGAGACCCACAGACACACUUGGAUAAUUCCUACAGAAUUGAUUAGGCAAUCUCCUCCCAGGGCCUCAGAGCGCAGCCCCGGAUGUGAGCCCACUGGCCUACCCUGGCUUCCCAGUGCUGCAGACAUGGCCAACGGGACCAACACCUCUGCCCCGUACUACAGCUACGAGUACUACCUGGAUUACCUGGACCUCAUUCCCGUGGAUGAGAAGAAGCUGAAAGCCCACAAAUACGCAAUCGUCACCGCCUUUUGGGUGAGCUUGGCUGCGUUCUUGGUGCUCCUGUUCCUCAUCUUGCUCUACAUGUCCUGGUCAGGCUCCCAGCAGAUGAGGAACAGCCCCCAGCACCACCAACAAUGCCUGUGGAGUCACUGUCUCAACCUCCCACUCUGCAUCUGGAGGCACCUGCUGUGCCACAGGUUUCCUGGGGGGACCUCACAGGCUCCACCAGGCUCAGUGGAGGAACCAGGAAGCAGAGAUGGCCCUGACCAGCAGCUGCAGCCGGAGAGCUCCCCCGCCUCACCCCCCAUGGCCCCUAGGCCCACCUCUGGGAACUGGCCCUCGAUGGGUGUCCUCACAGCAUCAGCUGACGUCAGGAACAAGCCCAGAGAGCCUCCCCCUGGAGACAGAACCUCUCAAUUGUAGAACUGACACCAGGGGAGCACAGCCACAGCUGGGCGAGCUGGUGAAAUCAAACCAAUCUGGACACACGUCAUCUUUUUAAAGGCUGUUUGCUUGCAGCAGAACAUGACUACAUUGAGGAUGAUUCUACAAGGAGGCAAGUCUUAUGCAUUUGUCACAGGCUUACAAAUGGCCACUCGUGCCUGGGAAAGCAGUCCCACAUAGUGCCGAUUCUAUUUAGCACACCUACCUAACCUGCUCGCUUACUGCUUAUGUUCGCUUUGGGAAGGGCAGGAAAAUAAAACAAAUUAACAAAAAUUUGUU